AUGUCCGAGAAGUCGGACUGUCUCGAUGUUUCUAGUCAGUCGCGUUGCAAGCAACGAUGCGAUAAAGAAGCCAAGACUUAUUUGUGUGGAAUCCACGAUCUGAAAACUCCGGUCAUUCCUAUCCCAAAGAGUAUACGAUCAAAGAAGGCACAAGGUUGCAAUUCAUUUGUCGAAAAGCAGGGUUCCGUGCGCGACUCCGUGGGACCCUACCCUGAGGAACUGUCGUUAAUCUUUUGUCUGCAGUUACAGACAGCGGCCGUAUUUCACACAAGAAAACCAAGGGAUAAGAGUCUCGACAAGCAACGGUACUUCGAGUGGUCGUCAAUAUACUCGGUUUAUGCGCUUCGCAAACAAUUUUUGCUUGACAAAUCGCAUGUGCCUGGUGUACCAGUGAAUCAGCAAUGGAACAGCAGCAGGCGAGGCGAAAGCGAAGGCACCUUGUCCGCUAUUUCCAUAUUAGCUCAGCUGCGGGCGCUGCCGGCCAGAAUAAGGAAUACUGUCGAUAUUAUCGUUCAUAUCUACCCCUUCAACUACAGAUAUUACGACAAAUUGAACGCCAAGACACUCAAUCUUCUUCAGAGUGAUGUUCGCGUAAUUCUUGUCGCUGUAUAUGUUGGAGCUGCAGAGUAA